AUGCCCUCACCGGCGAAGGACGAUACCAUGGCCAACGAGGAAAUGGAUGAUGCAGCUAUGAUAAAAUUCAUCUAUCAGAAAAUUAGCCUCAUGGAUGGGCUGAACUCCAGAGUCGCUGGCCUGGAAACCAGCGUGUCUGGUCUCGACAACAGGCUCAAGGUGAUGGAGGAACGGAUCAGCAGCAGCACCGCAGCGGGAUUCUCCGGACGACAUGAGAUUGGCAACGACAGCGCAGCGUUCCAUGAAGACAAGGUUUUGGCGAGGGUUCCCAAGAAGCUGGUGGCGGCUGCGAAAUGGGGCACGUUACGCUCUCGAUAUCGUCCCGUGGACAGCGAAGCCUGGGGCGAAUGGCGGUACUGCUGCGGGGGGUGCACGCCCCACGGCAACGGCCAUGGUGAGCCAACCGUCCUAGUCGACAUUCUGCUGAACCCGCAAGUGGGGAAGUCAUUCGUCACCCUAGGAAAGAUCGCGCAUGAACAGCACGGCAUCAUCCUCAUGGACGUGCUCACAAAGACGGGCAAACAGCUGCGCCAGCAACGCAUGGCAAUGUUCACCCACCUGCAUGACAUCAAGAAGGUGCAGCCGAGCCCCUCCCGUAGGUUCGAGGACAGCUCCGACUACCGCCCACUAUCUCGUGUACGGCACCGAAACCCCCUCAGCCAUACAGGAUUUGGCUUGGGAGUUGGCAGCUGCACGAGUCCAGGUCGCGGUCCAGGGCAAGCGGUCCUCUGGACUGUUUGGGAGCCGUUGGCGGCACGGAACGCUCAGGAGUCUGAAAAGGCUUUCGUUGAGUGGAGUCUCCGGACUUCGGCGGCUAGCCCCGGCAUGGGGACCGCGGUUGGAGCUGAUGUGGAGCGCCUGCGCGACCAGCAGGCGGCAUCACCCACGUCGUCCGGCCCACGAGUCGGCACCGUAGGGUACGCGGGAACUGUGCUGCUGCUGUUGCUAUUGAAAAUCAUGUAUGUGAAGCAGUGCAGCACCGCGGAGACGGGGUGUUCCUGGUGGCUGGCGGGCAGCGUGGAGCAAGGUGCGUCGCUGCUCAUCCAGGUCCUGCACGCCAUCGGCGUGUUGACACAGCUGGGCGCGCACCAGCUGGUCGACCACACCGCCGGGUGGCUGCAGCUGCACGCGCUAGUCGCCGCCCUCGACGCCGGUCUGCAGCGGGUCCCGUUCCUGCCGGCUGGGGUGGGGCGCAUCGUGGUGGAGUGCGCUGCCGCCGUAGCCGCCAUGGCCGUGCACUGCAUGUCGCUGGCCGGGUUUGGCAUGGUUGCAGACUUGGCCUCGCGUGUCUCUUGGGUGCGACGUGGCUGA